AUGGCUACCCAACCACCCCAACAAGACACCUUGAACCAACGAAGAGCCGACUUCGAAAAAUUCAAAAACUACACAGCCUACACUUUCCUCAUCGCCUCACCAGUCCUAAUCGCUCUUCCGCCCCGCAAGCUAGACCACCUGACCGUCCUACUAAUCGGUGCAUUCGGCUUCUCUGCGAACCACGUGGUCCGCGAACAAACCGGACGCAGUAUCGUCGAGCGCAUCGAGUCUCGUAUUGCUCGCCCGCGCAUUCUCAGCGACUUGCCUUCCGAACGUGCGCAGGAGGUCCAGAUGCGGUUGCGCGCGGCGCGGGAAGCGCAAUUGCGCGAGGGCGGUAUGCCAGCUGAUGAGUUGGAGAAGUGGAAGGCGUUGCAGAGCCAGCAAGAUCAGGGUAUUGCGGAGCGGGUUUGGCUCGGUGGAGAGAAGGAGGGAUGGAUGGAGCGCAGAUUGCAGAAGGAGCAGGAAGCUCUUGAAGAGGGCAAGGGAUAUGGAGAUUUGAUUUCAGAGUAUGUUUGGGAUGUGUGGAGUUGGGGGAAGAACAAGGAGGAAGAGGAUGAUGAUUAA